UAAAAACAUAAACGUCCAAAAAAGGCCUUAUUUUAUUUUAUGCUGUCAAAAAGUCCAACUGGAAUCUGUGACCAAUAAAUAAGUGAAUUUUCACUUAUUACUAUAGAAUAACAGUGAAGAACAGCAACCAAUAAAUAAUAAGUGAAUUCUGCAGUGAAUUAUUAUGUUAAAUAAUUAUUAAUAUUAAUAUCAAUGCAUCUAGUUCUCUCCGAAAUGUACAAUUGUACUGUAGCGAUAUCAUUAUAUAAUUAAUGUAAAUAAAGGGUUACCCAUUGACAAUAGGUAAACAGCUGCUGUAUGUCUGAUAGAAACACUUUUAUGUAACCGCGCCGGUGAAGCGUUAUGAAAGCAGCAAGACCUGCGCGUGUCCGUGAAUGAAGGUGACGCUGGUAUUUGUGUUUAAUCCGCUGAUUUAUGUCUCAUUGCAUUGCAGCUAAGCUAAUAGCAGUCGACUGGAUCUCCUGCAGAGCUGCUGACCGACUGCAUUUGAAUGGGAUCCCGCUGAGCAAUUCUCAUCUAUGUUAUAGUUUAUUUCUACGGGAGCAUCAUGCUGUUGGAGGCUCAUCUUCGUCUCUGUCAAAGUUGUUUGUGGUUCUGUAAAAGUUCUCAGCGGCUGUUCUCACUCUGUACUGCGCACAGAUCAUCAACCAACUACUAUGAACUUCUCGGGGUGAAACCAGAUGCUACGUUGGAGCAAAUUAAGAAUGCAUUUUUUGACAAAUCCAAAAAGUUGCACCCUGACAGUGACCCAUCCAAUCCUGGUCUUCACAGUCAGUUUGUGCAGCUGAACGAGGCGUACAGGGUGCUGAGCAGAGAAGGGUCCAGGCAAGAUUAUGACCUCAGGCAGAGGUACCAGUACACUGCAGGUCCGGCCUUCAGAUCGUCCAGCUCCCCCAACAGCCCCAGUGCGGAGGCUGCAGAGAGCAUGCGUUACUGGGAGCAGUUCAGACAGGCCCAGCCUCAGGAGAACACGGCUGAGGAGCGGGAAAAGAGCAAGAAACGUAACAUGCGUUUGGUGGGCUACUGCGUGCUAACCAUGGUACUUAGUCUCUCCGUGCAUUACUUUGGGUUCAGGAAAUUGGAAGAGGUCCAUAAUAACUUCAUGGAUGAGAAGGAUAGAGUCAUCAAUGAGAUCUACAACACAUCCAAAGAAAGAGCCAGAGUGAAUGGCUUCAAGAAGCAGCAGGAGAUCUUGAGACAGAAGCACGCCGAGUUCCUGGAGAGAUACAAGAUCCGCAGUAAUGGAGAAGAGAAAUAAAGCAAGGAGAAGACAGAUCUAGAAGAAGCUCAUCGCACAGGGUUAUGGAGAGAGUGCAGGUUUUGGAUGAAUGUUGAAGUGUGAAUUGUAUUUUGUGUUCAUAGUUUUUAUCAAAUUUUCUAGGGGUCACAGUGUGUCAAAUUCACGAACGCAGCAAUGUUUCGGCCCUGGUACUUUCACCCAACUGUGACAAAUUAAGGUCACAUGGGAUGCAAGGCAAUUCAGGCUGAUUAUAGGCCAACAUUGCUUCUCAUGAAGUGUUUUAAACACCUGUACUCUUACUGUAUUUCCUGUAUUUACAGACGACAUUGUAACGGCACCUGGAAAGGGUGUUAUGGAAACAUUGCAUUCCUGAUAAAGUAGUUCAUCAAAACACUGUACAUUGUGCACUUUGUUAAGCUCAAUGUGUGUGUGUGUGUGUGUGUGUGUGUGUGUGGGAGAGAGAGUUUCUCAUGGAAUAAUGUUAUACAGAUGGGCAGAUCAGUGCUGUCCAGUGCGUUUUAUUUCAGGUGCUGGGUUUUUUCCAACUAUUUUGAAUGCAACAUCAACUAAUCUUAUCUUGAACAGGAAGUGAAUGGGUCUUUGGCAAGUAAUGAGAAGUUUCUUUUACUCAUGUAAUAAAUCCAGGCUGCAUAUCAAAUGUAUUUUCAAGUUAUUUUACAGCAAGAUUAUAUUAAACAAGACCCUUAUUCUGGAUCCAAACUUUUACUCAGACCCCUGUUGUCACAAGGCAUAGAUCCCAAAAAUGAAGUCUUUUUAGAUACCCAAGUCAUUGCCUUUUUUGAAGAAUGGAAAAGUAUUUAAGGAUUUGACUUUUUAAUGUAGGUUCUGCAUUAGACAUUCACCAGAGUGCCUUCAUCUUUAUAAAUCAAAUAUCGAUUUUGUGUGAAUCAAUCUAAUGCAGGCCUUAAUGUCAUUGGGUUUUGAUGUGAUCAAUAAUUAAAGAUGAUAUUGAUCUCAGUUAUGUAAUGUUUUUCAUCUGCAUGCAUUUUUGUGUUUCUAUGGAUUUUUUUUGCAAACUUCUUCACUGUUCUAAUACACAACCAUUGAAAUGUU